AUGAUGGCAUCAAGAAAACAAGAAGAAGUUCUUGUAAUAUAUAUUAAAUCAGUGAUUCAAUUUAUCUGUUCAUUGUGUGUAAUUAUAACUAUUUUUAAAAAAGAUUGGAUUUCGGGUCAAAACACAAUUUCCGAAUCCUCUGUGAUCGUUCUCUUGGAUGAGUUUUGUAUAAGGAACUUAAUAUUGCCACUUUCAAGACAAUCAUGGCAAGAAUCUGAUGUGGGGAAAGGUUUUAAUUUAAGUGAAUUGAAUAAUUCUUUAUCACAAGCCAGAGCUGGUAGUUCUAAUAUUUUUGAGAAUAAUUCAGGGGAGGCUCUAGACUAUGAAACUGUAAAUAGCUCUAUGUUGAGGCAUAAGAAGCUUUAUAAUCAACUUAACUUGAAUUCGGAUACAGAAAACGAUAAUAAGGUAUUUCAGCAAAUAUUACCAAAUGAACAUAAAUCCAGUAUUGAAGGAAAGAAAAAAAGAUUGAAAAAUGUGUUGAAAAAGAGUGGUUUUCAUUUAUCCUCUUUUGACCAGAUUCAAUACUGUAUUAGUCACAAAAGUAAUAAAUUGGUAAAAGAUUGGUAUAUACAUCCAAACUAUUUGAGUUUUUUGAUUUUGCUUAUUGUUUUAGUUUCAGUUAUUUUUAGCUUGAAUUUGAUUAAGAUGAAAAAUAAAUGGUCCCCAUAUGAAUUAUUAAUUCCAUUUCUGGAUUUUUUAGUUUUCUCAAUAUCUCUGGUCAGCCUAGCUCAAAUCCUUCACAUUUUAACUCCAUUAUUAACCUAUUUACAGAAACAAAAUUUCAUGGCAUUUUUUUCUACCAACUUCUUUAUUUGUUCAGCCUCUAUUGGAGGAUUUUUCAUCAUUUUUGCUUUAUCAAUAGGAAUCAUCCACUACAGAUAUGAAUCACAUAUGAAUCUAAAAAGAUUUGAAGAUCAUAUUGAAAAUCUACAGUCAUUCAGUUCGUUCAUCCAUUUAAUUUCAAACAGUAACUAA